CGACCUCACUUAGUAUUUGUAUGCACUAGUUUUGGCCAAUGAAUCGCUCGUCCAUCCUAGUGGGUUAACAUUACAUACACUACUGUAUCGUAACCAGCGCCAUCAAUAUAGUGUACCGGGUACAACUAGGUUCUACACAAUGGACAACCAACCGGUAGUACGUACUACUAGGUAGUACUUAGUACUAGGGUAGUAUUGAUGAACACUCAAGAUGCAUCAUAUGCAUGGUCAUCCAAGGGGAGAGCAGCGCUUGAGGUCCAAGUUGCUGUGAAACGGGCGACAUGCGUACUUGCACUCGAGGGACUUUCCAUUGCAGCACGUCAACUCGUCUUCCAACACGUGCGCCGUCGUGUACUUGGGAAACGUCUUGGCGCUAAUCACCGGGAUCACCGUGACGCCGGCGCACGCCUGGUACGGCGCCGGCUGCCGCUUGGCUGGGGCGUCUUGAAACCAUGCGAGCUGGGCACAUGUGCCUUGGAUGCGGCGGCGGGUGUCGGCAGAGCACGGCUCGUCGCACCGCUCGAUGCCAAAUGAUCUCGUAACUGUUCGGGCUGUUGCAAUCCCUUGUGUAACCGUCGAAAACGGCAGCGUACACGUGAGUGUGAGUUUCGUCCAUGCGGCACCCGGGAGUGCCGUGAGGGCCACAUUGUGCUGGAUGACCUCUGUGCCUGACGUGUUGUCCAGCCAAUCCGACGACGCCACGGAUUCCGUCGUGUCGUACUGCCACGUACAGUGGAACCCUCCAAACUGCCACUGGAUCUUGACAUCGAGCGCGUCUUCAAUGGGUUUUGGCGGCGGGGGGAGGUCGGGGGCCGGGGGAGGGCCAAAGUCGCAGGUGAUUCCGCUCGAACAUCCCUCGCUUUCGUUGGUGGCACAGGUGUUGCACUUGCGGGGGAUCGUGUUGGCCGCCUUUCCCACGCACCGAUGGGCGUUGAAAAGUGAUACCACGGCUACUUUGGUGUUGCGAUACAAUUGGACAGAUACACUAGUAUAUUGUCCCUUGAGUUGUUGGCACUUGUCCAACACUGCGCACACGUCGUCGUACUUGUAGCACACGCCCUCGUUCAACCUCAUAAACGAGUCGGGUUUUCCCGUACACGAUGGGUUUUUCCCGUACACAUUGUACGUGAUGGUUCCAAGCUUGGGGGGGUUGGGCGGAGGUGGUUGGGGGGACGGUGGAGCGACCAGCAUCCGACCGUCGAGCAUCGCCUUGAACGUGUCCGACGUCGGAUCAAAGCGAAACUUGCACACGCGAAAGUCCGACUGCGGCACUGUGCACGCGUUCUUGGACGACCCACACGUCCACAGACUUCUCCACCACGCAUCAGUCACCAACGCCGCGGUGCGGUGCACAAAGAUCGUCCACUCGACCUGUUGGACGCGGCCGCACGCAGAGUGCCCUUCAAACACCAACCUCGUCUCAAAACGGGGAAAUGUCAAUUCGAGCGAGUCGUCGAUGCGCUGCCACUUGUUGUCGAAUGUGUUUUUGACCCGCCAAAACACGAGUAUUUCGUUCGACUUCGUCUCAAAUAGACCUUGGACUGCCGCAUCCGUCGACAGAUCCCCUACAAACGUGAACAAGUCGUGCACGUUCACCUGAAACUUGUUGGCGCAAAACGUGUCGUAAUCCUGGGGCCAUGCCGUCGUGCGUUCGCACGCCACGUCAAAGUGCAGUUCCUUGGAAUUGUCCGACGGCAACUUGUAGUUGGCACCUGGAAACACAGCGGUAGGGUUGGGGAUGAGCUUCACCUCCCCGUGGGUCCAACCCGAAGCGGGCAAUUUCAACUGCACCGUCGCGGCGGGGGCCAGUGUCGGUCCGUCCAGCGCCAACGUUUGCGAAAACGCACACUUUUCCAAGUCGAUUCCCGAGUUCACUGUGCCUUCGCACACGCGAGGGGAGGUCACGCCAACGUCGCACGUGUAUGGCGUAUAGUAUUCUCUCAAGCUGACGCUGUGGGUACAAGUCCGGGUACACAAAGAAGGGGGAGGUCCAUCCCCCCCAACCACAACAAGGUCUCCGUUCUCGUCGAUGGGGUUCGUCGUUAAUUUGGCCCACUCCGCGUCGGACAGAGGCUGAGACAGGCAUGUAAGCCAAUGGCCCAAGGGGUCCAACACGGCCGACUGGCUGUCAAACUGGUACGUGCGCUGGGUCUCAAAGAACGCGGUGCGUUCGACAAACACUUCGUCGCAGCGGUUGUCGCUGCACGCAUUGUUGGUGGCACCUACACGGUACUGAAUCAAUGCGUUGACUUGGUUUUGGUAGCGUUCCAACGCCGCAGCCGAGUACGCCGUGGAUGGCUUGUCACUGCAGUCGGACGGUUUCGUGUUGGUGGGGCGAUAAGUAUCUGUCACGGACAAGCACGUGGCACACUUGCGCGACUGGACAGAGCCAUGACCAGCUUGGUCAAAGUCAAAUGCGGUUAAGGCCAAGCGGUACACGCCGGGCGUUUGCGGCAGCUUGUUGUACAAGAUGGUCGGUCCAUUCGAUUCAAACGUUUUGUAGUCGAAAUCGACUAUUGUUGGCUUCGCUUCCGCAGGGAGCACGUUCGCGUUGUCGCUCAAGUCGAUAGAAACGUCGACAUGGACGUGUGGGUUUGGCUUGAUCGAGUCGUACGGGGGGGGCGCUUCCAAGUCGUAAUGGUAAGAACUUCGAGGGUACGGAAAGUACAAACUGUCUUUGUGGGCAAACACAUUGGGAAAGCAAGUGUCCAGACCGUCGACGUUGACCGUGUCCUUGGUGAUGUCAAUAUCCAGGGCGUUCCGGUCAGACCCUGGCACACGCCACUCGCACUCUGGGUACUCGUCCGGUCGGAUGUCAUCGUCAGCCCCGUUAGUCCCUAUAGCAUAUGUGUCGUCCUGCAGCAGCAACUGGUUUGAAUUGCUGCUGUGGUGUUGGUGGUGAUUGGAGCGAGCCAGGACCCAGUCUACCCGCGCUUGGGCCAUCGCCCCGGCCGACGCCACGACCAAGCCAAGCCGUCGCAGCAUGAUAAAAGCAAUCGGGCAAUGGGUAACUCGGCGACGGUUCAGCCCGACGAACAACGACCUUUCGGACUAGGGCCUAGGGGAAAGAGAUUCUUAAAGAGGG